AUGCAGUACCUAUACGAUGACGUUAUACCACCCUUUCGUUUCUUCACGAAGAUUGUGAUGCGGUGCGUCAAUAACGCCCUGGAUGAGGCCACGGCGAGUCACCGCACCGAUCACGCAGGAUUGUUUGCACCCCAUACAACUAUAGCGAUGGACAACCCAUGCUUGGUAGAAAUAGCUCCCGGCCUGGUGACGCGCGGCCCCGCUGUCAGUUCAAAACCUGACGGUUCCGUGGGAAAGGCCGAUGCGUCUGCAGAGAACAACAUUUCUGCUGUUUGUGUAGCUGGUGAUGUCAUGCUUUGCGGGUUUACAGAUGGGCGAACUACGCUGAUUUACAGCAGCCCUCAUGGGGGUCCGUUUGAGACAAUUGAGAUUCCACCGUUUACGCCGAACUCCACUCAGGUGGUUGCGCUGAGUUGUGUGCCUCUUCGAGAGGGGCACUGGGCGGUUUCUGUGAGCUACAAAACAUCUGUCUUUGUGCGCCUGGUGUCGCUGAAGCAGAGUGCGCAUCUCCCCAUGGUGCUGAGGAAGAGGAGCCAGCAGCGUGUCAUUGAGCUGCUCACCAGCGAGUGGCCAUCCUGCGACUAUGUGAGCUCGUUGCAGCUCUCACCCUGUCUGAAGUAUCUUGCAGUGGCGUUUAGCAACGAUGCGCUUGUUAUCGUUGCCGCGCUUCCACCUCUAGAGGUGUCCCGUCACAACAUGGGCGGCGGUCCUGAGCGCGUCGCGUUGGACGCCACGUGCCGUGUGAUAAAGGAAGGCCGUCCCGGCGGUAACUGUCAGGCCCGUGUCUUUUUUAUGCCGGAGCGGCCGCCGGGGGGUGUGCGCUCGGCCUUUUUACCGGGCUUGACAUUGAACGACCCUGACACGACGGCGAGCCCACACCACCCACUCUGUUUGCUGGUGUGGGUGAACGGCAACAGCUACACGCGUUGUUCCUUGAAAAGCGUCAGCAAUGGCGUCACAAGACGCCUGAAAACCAUUCUUGCACCAGAGCCAUCCACCACUGUGACUAAUUCCAAAAAAACUCCUUUUGCUGCUACUGCGGUAGGGGCGGGCGCCGGCACUGCCGCUGCCUCUGCGGCGCAACGAACGAAGCUCAAGUCAAAAGUGGGUGCCGGUGGUUUGAAAGAGAUUCCCCCGGACGUUGCAUCGGUUGCCGCGGCAGGUUUAGUGAAGCAGCCACCGUUUCUUGGUAUGUACAGAGGUUUGUUGUCUGACAAGGUUGUUGCAGCGACGUUGGCGUCAUCGGACGGCAGCGCAGUGGUGGUGGGGUGUGCUGGUGGACGUGUGUACCUCAUGGAUGGAUACGGCGUUACGUCGAUGGUUUUUACCACGCUGUUUCAGGUGCAACCGAUGUGGCUAACGGCCUUGUAUCCCACCACGGAUGUCCGAUGCGGUAUGGUGCUGCAGGCCAUGAAGGCGCCGUUGGGGGAUGGAGUAGGAGUCAUGCUGGCGUAUGCGCGAGGGAGUCUAUCGCCUGCAUUCGUUAACUUGGAGACGGUGUGUUGUUUGCGAAAUGUGGAAGGUCUAAAUAUGGUGCUUCCACUGAGGGAGCUGCCGCUUGUCUUGCUUUUUUGCACCCACGGCACGUACCUCUGGGACGUCCACUACAACUGCGUGGUGGCGUCUCUCACCGGCCUACCGUCGCUGGAGCCUUUCUCCCUUUGCAGUGUUUCACACCGUGGGGCGGCCAGUGGUGCGCUACGCCUGGCCGCAGCCAGAAAGCUUCCUAAGACGUUGUACCUGCCUUUCUGUACGGAGACGGCCAUCGUCUGGUGGACCUCCGGCAAAACCCUGGCACGACUACUCAUUGCCGACCUCCUUGCCCAGGUGUACCCGCUGCUGGACCCUGAGUUUCGGGGUCUUCCCAUGCGGGCGAUGGCGUACCUCCUCGUUCACGUGCCACCUGCGCAGCGCAAUGCAUCAGAAUAUGUGGCGAAUGUUAAGCUCCCCACGGAACAUCAGCAACUGAUGGACACUUAUGAAUGGGGCUCUCCCGCUGCUGGUGGUGGUGGUGGUGGUGGUGGUGGCAAGGACACUGGCGUCGGCUUCGCCAACCCCAAAUUCCCUAUGGACGAGGUAUUGCUUCACCGGUUUAGCCAUCUCUCCUGUGCUCCGCUGCACCCCGAGACCAUGGCGGCGUGUUUCCUCGAGACGACAUGCUCCACUGUGAAUACGCGAGCAGAGGAAUUGCGCUCCAUGUUUGGAGCCACACCUCCGCAUAGGUCGUGA